GCGUCUGCCACCGUCGGAGAGGGACGUCCGUUCGCCUCUCUCGCCCGGGCACCGAAGCCACGCCGUUUCCCUCGCGUCGUGUUCGCAUUUUCUCGCGUUUUCACUCGUGUUCUGCUUCUUGUUUAGCAGGUUCGGCAAGAGACGCCCGAGCGCGCGCGCGCGGGGCUGGCCCUCAGUGUCGCGGAGAGUGUGAGCGUCACCACCGUCACCGCCACGUCGCCCAGCGUUCUGCCGCCCACGCCCUCGCCCUCCAUCUACACUAUCUCCACGGCGAGCCCGCCUCUGGGAAAUACGCCCGCGCCCGCACGGCUCCCCCAGGCUGACGUGUCCUCCCCUGCCUCCAAGGGCGUGUUCAUCUUUCCUCCCGUAGAAGGCCCUUCGCCGGCGUCCCUUGCAGGACCUUCUCGCCCGCGCCCACCUCCCUCUCCCCUGUAUUCCUCCCCCUCGCCUUCCCCCUCCCCGUGCUCGCCCGCGACGCCCCUCUUCACGUCCCUCCCCCCCGCCAUGCCGGCCCCCAGCGGCCAGCUCCCCGACUGCCCCCUCGAGGCUCGCUCCACCGGCGCGGGCGGCGCGGCGAGGAGCGGGAGGCGGCGCCCCGACCACGACAGCCUGGACCGCCUGAACGACUCGACGACCACGACAAGCAGCGAGGCCCACAGGAAUGCUAUCAACGCGGCCUGCGGCUGGAGCCGGGGGAGGUGAAUGCCAACGAGCAGGGCUCGGACACAGGCACGGGCGUGGACGCGGGCGUGGACGCGGACACCCACGCCGCGACCGAGGCGGGCGACGACAACAGAGCGCGCGGCAACAACAACAACAACGUGACCAAUAACAAGGCGAGCAGCUGCGACCGCCGCAGGAAAACGGGCAUUGUGUUCCCGAUCAAGACGGGCGUCAUUCAGCUCCCGGCCCGAGGCACCGGGAGCAAGCGGUCGUCCACACACGGCAGUCCCUAUGGCGGCGACCCCCCCGACCUGCUGGACGUGGCGGCGACGACGGAGGGCGAGGCCAUGCCCGUCAUCCGCAAGAAGGAGCGCGACUACAUGGGCAUGUUCGAGUACGACCGCCGGGAAGAGAUGCAGAUCAUCCGGGUCUUGAUUUACGAGCUGAAGCCGCGCGUGGCGGUGACCUUCCUGCCCGGCCUGCCCGCCUACAUCCUGUUCAUGUGCAUCCGCCACACGGACCACAUCAACGACGACGAGAAGGUGCGCUCGCUGCUCAACAACAUCGUGAACGGCGUGAAGCGCGUGAUCAAGAAGCGCCACGAGGACCUGGACUCCACCGUGCUGUGGCUGUCCAACACGCUGCGCCUGCUGCACAACCUCAAGCAGUACUCGGGUGACAAGGCGUUCCAGGCCGAGAACACCGUCAAGCAAAACGAGCAGUCGCUCAAGAACUUCGACCUGUCCGAGUACAGGCAGGUGCUCUCCGAUAUCGCCGUCUGGAUCUACAACGGCGUCAUAAAACUGAUGGAGGAGAAGGUCCAGCCGCUGAUCGUGCCGUCAAUACUCGAACACGAAGCCAUCGCGGGUCUCUCGGGCAACAAGCCGGGCGGGAUGAGAGGCCGUGCAGGCAGCGUGGCCCGCGAGCUGGAGUCGCCCGUGGAGCCCCAGAAGGCCCUCGAUCUGCUCCUGAAGGAGAUGACGCAGUUCUACCGCACGCUCGCGAUGUUCGGCACCGACCCCGAGCUCAUCACGCAGGUGUUCAGACAGAUCUUCUACUUCAUCUGCGCGGGGUCCCUGAACAACCUGCUGCUGCGCAAGGACAUGUGCCACUGGUCCAAGGGCAUGCAGAUCCGCUACAACCUGAGCCACCUGGAGCAGUGGACGCGCGACAUGCGGCUGCACGAGGCGGGCGUCACGGACACGCUGGCGCCCAUCAUCCAGGCGGCGCAGCUGCUGCAGGCGCGCAAGACGGACGACGACGUCAACUCCAUCUGCGACAUGUGCGACAAGCUGUCCGUCUCGCAGAUCAUCAAAAUUUUGAACCUUUACACGCCGGCGGAUGAAUUUGAGGAGAGAGUGCCCAUCUCCUUCAUCCACAAGAUCCAGAACAAGUUGCAGGAGCGAGCGGAGGGCGAACAAGCGCAGGCAACACUAUUGAUGAACACCAAAUUUGCCUUCCCUGUCCGGUUCCCAUUCAACCCAUCCAGUAUUCACUUGGAAGAUAUUGAGCUUCCGGAGUCUCUCAACCUCAUUAUGUUGAAGAAGGUCUAAGAGAGCACCCAGUCACCAACUCCACACACAUGAGAAUGAAACAACCUGAUGGAAAAAUAAAGGAUUUUACUUUGUCCUUUCCAAGUCAGUCCAGCAUGGUUGUUUGAGAUGCUGAGGUUGUAGGGAGAGGAGACACAAAACGAAGGUUUCCCAGUGAGUGUGUGAAGUCAGUGGGAUGGAGUCUGGCCCUGUUGCAUGUUCUGUUUUGAUGGCUGAGACUGCUUAAAGGCAAGGAACUCAGGCUGGGACAGCCUCUUUUUCCAGAUCUGUGCUGAGUCAGGGCCACCCAAGGGCUGGAUUUUGAAACUUGUUAAGAGUUUCAGGGAUAUUUUCCAAAAUUUAAAAACCAGAUUGUAGCUCAAUAGCAUUUACUUGCAGUACUUAAACCUGAUGGCUUUCAGAAUGGUUACAUUUGUACUGUGCUUGUGCUGGUACAUGUAAUGUAAUG